AUGGACAUUGCUAGAUUGUGUGCUGCACAGAACCACCUACAAUCAUGGUUUCUUAGAAGGGAAAGACUUUGGAGACAGAAAGCUUGGUCUUAUGGCUUUAAUAUGAUAGAUCAUAAUAAUAAGUUCAUCCAUGCCUCAACUGUAAUCAGAAGAAAGAAAAAUGAGAUAGUUCAGCUUGAAAUCAAUAGGAGAACAGUCCACGGUGUUUCAAACCUCAAAAGAGAAAUAAGUUUUUACUUUGCUGAUAGAUUUUCACAGGAACAUAAUCGUGCUCUGGACUUUGAUAUGGGACAUCACUUGAAAAAAUCUGCUGAUCAAGUUAGAUUUUUGGAAUCUAGACCAACGAGGGAUGAAGUUAAGAAUGCGGUAUGGGCCUGUGGUACGGAUAAAGCACCUGGUUUUGAUGGGUACAACUUCAAAUUUAUUAGAGAAAUGUGGGAUGUGAUCAAUGAGCAGAUUUAUGAAUUUGUUUUGGAUUUCCUGGACUUUAGUGGGUCGGCCAAGGCAAUCAAUGUAACCUGGGUUACUUUGAUUCCCAAGAUUAUGGAUCCUUGCUCUAUUGAGGAUUAUAGACAAAUAAGUAUAAUGGGUACACUGUAUAAAGUUAUGUCUAAACUCCUCUCCCUUAGACUCAAGCAAGUGAUUGCUUCUCUCAUUGAUGAAUCACAUAACGCUUUUGUGAUGGAUAGACAAAUCCUUGGUGUUCUAGUUACAAAUGAAGCUAUUAGGUGGUUAAAGAAAAAAAGAAUUCAUGGUGCACUUCUAAAGCUUGAUUUUUAG